AUGCAGCGCAAAGCGGUUGACUCGCGCAUUCCAGCGCUCAUUCAAAAUGGGUUGCAAGAGAAGAAGAGAAGCUUCUUUGUCGUGGUGGGAGACAGGUCAAAGGAUGUGAUCGUUCGUCUGCACUACAUCAUGUCACAAUUUGAUAUCAAGCAGAACAAGUCUGUCUUGUGGGCUUACAAGAACAAGCUAUUGGGCUUCACCAGUCACCGAAAGAAGCGCGAGGAAAGGAUCAAGAAGGAAAUCAAGCGAGGAAUCCGAGAGGCCAACACCGAGGACCCCUUCGAGCUGUUUGUAUCACUACAUAACAUCCGAUAUACCUACUACAAGGAGACCGACAAGAUUCUUGGUCAAACAUUCGGCAUGUGUAUUCUGCAGGACUUCGAGGCCAUCACACCCAACAUCCUUGCGCGAACGAUCGAGACUGUCGAAGGUGGCGGAUUGGUCGUUCUGCUGUUGAAGGGCAUGAACAGCCUGAAACAGCUUUACAGCCUGUCUAUGGACGUGCACUCACGAUACAGGACUGAGGCCCACGACGAUGUGGUGGCUCGUUUCAACGAACGAUUCAUCCUGUCCUUGGGCAGCUGCAACUCUUGUUUGGUCAUCGACGACGAGAUGAAUGUGCUCCCCAUCUCCGGUGGUAAAGGUGUCAAGAAGCUACCUCCUCCCGACCUGGACAACGCCAAGACUGAGUCUCAAAUCGAGCUCGAGGCUAUGAAGGAGCAAAACGAGGGCCGACAGCCAGUGGGACCUCUCAUUUCUCUCGCCAAGACUGUCGACCAGGCCAAGGCUCUUGUUACAUUCACAGACGCUAUCGCUGAAAAGACACUACGAAGCACAGUUACUCUGACUGCGGCACGAGGUCGCGGAAAGUCUGCGGCCAUGGGUGUUGCUGUCGCAGCCGCUGUUGCGUACGGAUACAGCAACAUCUUCAUCACCUCGCCCUCCCCCGAAAACCUGAAAACUCUUUUCGAGUUCGUCUUCAAGGGCUUCGACGAGCUGGGUUACGCCGAUCACGCCGAUUACUCAAUCAUUCAGAGCACCAACCCCGACUUCCAUAAAGCCAUCGUCCGUGUCAACAUUCACCGACAGCACCGACAGACCAUUCAGUACAUUCGCCCUCAAGAUGCUCACGUCCUCGGACAGGCUGAGUUGGUAGUGAUCGAUGAGGCGGCAGCAAUUCCUCUGCCCCUGGUCAGGAAGCUGAUGGGUCCUUACCUUGUCUUCAUGGCAUCCACCAUCAACGGUUACGAGGGUACAGGACGCUCUCUUUCUCUCAAGCUCAUCAAGCAGCUGCGAGACCAAUCACGCACUGCUUCCACAGCAGGCGAGGGCAUGGAGAUUGCAGACCGAUCAACUGGCAAGACGUCAAAGACUGAGGAGUUCCAGGCUGGACGUAAGCUACGAGAGAUCACCCUGUCUGAGCCUAUCCGAUAUGCUCAGGGAGAUGCUGUUGAGAAGUGGCUCAACACUGUACUUUGUCUUGAUGCAACCCUUCCCAAGGCAAAGUCUAGCAUUAAUGGAUGUCCUGAUCCCACUCAAUGUCAUCUUCUCAAUGUCAACCGCGACACACUUUUCUCCUUCCACCCUGUGUCUGAGAAGUUCUUGCAACAAAUGGUUGCGCUAUACGUUGCCAGUCAUUAUAAAAACUCGCCUGAUGAUCUGCAGCUUAUGAGUGAUGCGCCUGCGCACGAGCUCUUCGUUCUUGUUCCUCCAGUUUCCGAGGAUAGCGCAAGAUUGCCAGAGCCCCUCUGUGUUAUCCAGGUUUCGCUGGAAGGAAAGAUCAGCAGGCAGAGUGUUCUCAACAGUUUGAGUCGUGGACAGCGACCAAAUGGUGAUCUCAUUCCCUGGCUUGUCAGUCAACAAUUCCAGGAUGAGGACUUUGCUUCUCUUUCUGGUGCCCGAGUUGUCCGAAUUGCCACAAACCCCGAGUAUGUUUCCAUGGGCUACGGAACCAAGGCUCUGGAGCUGCUCGUCGAUUACUACGAGGGACGCUUUGCCAGCCUUUCUGAGGACGAGGACCAAGUUAUGGAAGAGACGAUGACUCGAGUCACGGACGCCGAGCUGGCCAGUGCUAACCUUCUCGAUGACGAUAUCAAGGUGCGAGACAUCAACAAGAUGCCCCCCUUGUUCUCCAAGCUCUCCGAGAAGAAGCCCGAGCCGCUUGAUUAUGUAGGUGUGAGCUACGGUUUGACCAGUCCUCUGCACAAGUUCUGGAAGAGGGCAUCUUUCUCUCCCGUGUAUCUGCGACAGACAGCCAACGACCUCACUGGCGAGCACACCUGUGUCAUGCUGCGACCUCUUGAAAACAGUGGUGACCGAAGCUGGCUUGGUGCUUUCUCCCGAGACUUCCAAAAGCGAUUCUUGUCACUGCUGUCAUAUCAGUUCCGCUCAUUCUCCCCCGUCACAGCUCUUAGCAUCGACGAGUCUGCGAAUGCCGGUGCAAAGCUGGACUCGUUCGAGAUCCAAUCACUUGCCAGGUCCGAUCUUGAUAUUUACAUGACUCCUUUCGAUCUGAAGCGACUUGACUCAUACUCCAAUAACAUGCUCGACUACCACGUUAUCCUCGAUCUGGUUCCAAUAAUCGCCAAUCUGUACUUCACAGGACGUCUCAAGGAAAAGGUCAGCUUGACAGGAGUUCAACAGUCCAUUCUACUCGCCAUUGGAUUGCAGCGCAAGGACAUUGAGGUCAUUUCGGGGGAGAUUGGUCUCCCUACACAACAGCUCCUUGCCAUGUUUAUUAAGAUUAUGCGCAAGGUGACUAAACACUUCGCUGAGGUUGUCUCCACUGCCGUAGAUGCAGAGCUUCCCAAGGCCGAGCGUCUGGGCGUGUCACGCGAGAACGCUGAUGGUGCUCACGACGACGAGAUUGUGGAUGAGCGCUUCGUGCCUCUGGCUACUACACUCGACGAGGAACUCGAGGAGGGUGGCGACGAGGCCUUGAGAGAGCUCAAGAAGAAGCAAAGAGAGCUUAUUGACUCGUUGCCCCUCGACCAAUACGAGAUCGAAGGUGAUGCUCCCGCAUGGGAAGAUGCGGAAAAGCAGGUCAAGAGCGCGGCCAAGGAGGGCAAGUCAAACCCUGUCGUCAGCGUGAAAUCGUCCAAGCAGAAGAGAAAGGCUGGCCAGCAGACGGCAGCUGAGGUCUACGAAGAGGAGUUCGGGGAGAAGAAGAAGAAGAAGAGCAAGAGAUCGAAAAAGUCGGAUUAA